AUGGAAAGAUGUGGCGUUCCUCACAGGUACCUGUCCGAGUAUUCUAGAUCAGGCCGUCUUCUAGGCGGUGAGACCACCACCGCCCAUCAGUUCCCAUGGCUCGCUGCCGUGAAUAUCGCCUCCCGCAGCAUAGGCGGAUCCCUCAUAUCUGAUAGACAUAUUGUUACCGCCGCAUCACCGCUCUAUGGAAAAUCAUUCAACGAAGUCAGCGUGACUCUGGGAGCUCACGACCGCUGCGGUAAUGGCAGUGACCCGGUUCUGAACACCAGUGUGUCAGAUAUUAUCAUACAUCCUGGUUUUUCGCCGACGAACCGCGACAACGAUAUCGCCUUGCUGAAGCUAAGGCAUGUGGUGCCUUUCGGCCGAUUUAUUUCACCGAUAUGCAUGCCUCAUUACGGUGGGUUCCUAACUCUAGACCUAAUAGAUUCAAGACAUGGAGCGCCAGAAUCCGGACAAGUCGCUUGGACGGCGGCAUGGACUGGGACGGAUAACAAUGAAUCUUGUACACCAAGAGUUGCCACUCUUCCUAUUCUUCCUACAAGGUCCUGUUUGAAGGACACUGUAAACUCUAAUUUCGUGACCCCUGAUAAAGGUUGCCUUGGACCUUUGGGUGCACGGAAUAUUAUUUGCGAGGCAGAUGUGGGAGCCCCUAUCAUGCAGAGACAUCCCGGAUUCUCAUUCAGGCUGGCGGGCGUUGUGUCGUCGUCAUCGUGUGACCGAAUCACCAGUCCGCUCUACACGAGGAUAAUUGACCACGCUGGCUGGGUAUAUCAGCAUACCCAUAGUGACUGUCAAUGUCUUUAA